AUGGAGCCACUAAGAGGAAAUGAGUCUUUUCACAAAUAUUUCAUCCUCAACAGUUUUAAUGAACUUGGUGCCCUGAGGCUGGUUCUCUUCUUCCCUUUCUUCAUCAUGUUCAUCCUGUCACUGUUGGCUAACUCCCUGCUGCUGUACGUCAUCAUAUCACAGAGAAGCCUCCACUCACCGAUGUACAUCCUCAUCGCCGGCAUGGCCUGUGUGGAUCUGAGCCUUCCACUGUUCUUUGUUCCCAACAUGCUGCUGAACUUCCUGUUUGACUGGAGGGGAAUCUCUCUGAUUGGCUCGUCCUCGUUAUUGGUUUGGAUGGCCCUGGACCGAUACUUUGCCAUCUGCACUCCCUCUCUUGCAGUAAAUUUGGCAGGAUUAUUACCAUUCUGUCUCAGAAAUGUGAUAGACCACUGUUUCUGUGAGCACAUGGCCUUGGUGGAGCUGGCCUGUGGAAGCACCAUCGUCAACAGUCUGGUGGGGUUGAUCUCUGUGUUCCUUAUCCCUGUGGCAGACUUCAUCAUUAUCGCUGUCUCCUACAUCAUCAUAUUCAGCUCUGUGCUGAGGUCUGGAAAGUCAAGGGUCAAAGCUCUCCACACCUGUGUGACCCACAUUGUGGUCAACACUGUCAGUCUAUCCAUCAUACUCAUAGCAUUCCUGUCCUAUCGGAUCAGAAAUGGUCUCCCUGCAGCCAUUCGGGUUUUCAUCAGUAUCAUGUAUCUGUUCUUUCCGAGCUGUUUCAACCCCAUCAUCUAUGGCAUGAGAACAGCUGAGAUAAGACAGCACAUUGUGAAGAUGCUCUCAUGGUGUAACUUUGUCCAAACUGGCCCCAAUUCUUUACAAAACUAUUAA